AUGUUUGGCUCUGGUGUCAAACCACCAUUAGUAGCAAAAGGAGCCGAUAACUAUGGAGGUGUCAUUGUCGUUGUUAGCUUCACUCUCAUGGUUGUGACCGUGCUCUUCGCGUGCAUGCGGGUAUACAACACGAUUGCCAGAAAGAAGGGCUUCGGAUUCGAUGAUCUUACAUUCUAUAUGGCUUUGGCAAUCAUCGUGCCUCACACAGUCGCAGUGCGUAAAGCUGUCGAUCAUGGUCUAGGAAUGCAUAUUGCAGCAUUGUCGACUUAUAAUAUCAGCCAAUUCUUUAAGGUAGAAACAACGUGUUACGAAGGUCUCGACUUUGUCCAAUUGACCAAUUCACAGUGGGUAUAUAUUAACCAAUUAUUGUCCAUCCUCUGUCAAUGUUUCGCAAAGUUCUCUGUCAUCUUUCUGGUGAUUCGUCUCGAUACUAGACCGUCGACCUGGAUCUGGAGUCGCGUCCUGAGCGCCGCUAUCGUGAUCUGGACCGUGUUCUCGGUGUUUACUAUCGCAUUUCAAUGUGGUUUCCCCGAUCCUUGGAUCCAGUCGCACGAUCGAUGCGCCGCGCACGGAAGCCUAUACUAUGCCAUUAUCUCUCUCAAUAUAGCCACAGAUGGCUUCCUUGCUUUUUUCUUCAUACCGGCGAUCUGGAAGCUUCAGAUGAGGGCAAUGACCAAGCGGACAGUGACACUCCUUUUCGCCUCUCGCCUAUCAUUCAGCAUCCAAGAAGACAAAAGCUGGGACCUUAUUAUCCCGAUCGUCCUUGACGAGCUCAUCGUUAAUCUCUCUGUCAUAACCGCCGGCAUUCCUCCGGUCCACCGCUUCCUCACCAACCUACAAUCCGGCCAAUUCGGAGCCCACAUGACCGACCACGAGCUCUCUGGUGGGCACCGUGGCUCCGUUCUCACACCAUCUCAGACCUGCAAUCCGUGCUCACAAGUAAGGCGUCUUCCUCCCUCACGAGUACAGUGCGUAGCCAACACAAUCAGAGAUCUGCGUCCCAGGUGGUAUCGGCGCCUUCCGCAACCAGAACCUCGCCCAACCCGCGCACCCGAGGACGAAGAGCCACUUCGACUGACCCCUGAGCCGAGAAACGAGAUUUCUACGACCAUAUAUGCGAACAAAGGCGAAACAUGUGAUUUCCCGGAACAUGUUCAAGAGGGCAGAGAUGGUGCCGAUGUGGCGCGUGACGAGAGCAGGAGAAGUCGGCCCUUGAGUACGAGUGGAGUUAUGCAAAGGACGGAGCUGUCAAUCUCUGUGGAAUAUGUAAAGAGUGAACACAGUUCGCGGCUGCACGACCCAUGA